GUGCUUGUAAUAAAUGAUUUGCAUGCGGAUGAUGCUGAUGAAUACACAUGUCGAGCAACGAAUGCGAAAGGGACAAAGACAACGCAAGCGCAGCUGGCUGUUCGUUCAAAGCCUCGCGUAUUCGUUCCACCACGGUACCACGGUGGUUACGAAGCGCAAAAUGGUGAAAAUAUUGAACUGAAAAUACCAUUUAAAGCAUUGCCACAGCCAACGGCCAAAUGGUUCAAAAAUGGAGAGCCAGUUAGCGAAUCCGAUAAAUACAGAAUUAACACCGACGACAAGUUUUCAACUUUAACGAUUGUAAAUGGCGCUCGGGAAGAUUUUGGACAGUAUCGUGUUGUGAUUGAGAACGAUAUUGGUUCAGAUUCUGGUACCAUAGCUUUAACUGUUGCUGACAAACCUGAUCCACCACGGUUUCCAAUUGUCGAAAAUAUUCUUGAUGAAGCUGUUAUUCUCUCAUGGAAACCUCCGGAAUUAGACGGCGGUGCUAUGAUCACCAACUACAUUGUUGAACGACGUGAAGCAGCUGGUGGACAGUGGGAGCAGUGUGCGAAGUCACGUUAUACCUACCUGACAAUCGAAGGACUUAAGCCUAAGCAUACCUACGAAUUUCGCAUCAUUGCUGAAAAUAAGCAUGGGCUGUCGAUUCCUUGCGAGUCAACUGCACCAGUUGCUAUUCCGGAGCAGCGUAUUCGAAAAAAGGGGCAUGAUGGUAGACGCUUUGAUGAUUUGGGUAAGAUUGUACAUGGAAAAGGACCUGCGUCAGAUAAUUAUGAUGCAUAUGUGAUUGAUGUCUGGAAACAGUAUUAUCCGCAGUCGGUAGAACCAAAACGAGGAUCGGUGUAUGACUACUACGAUAUUCUUGAAGAAAUUGGAUCGUAA